CGCCUCUCAUUGCUGUUUUCUAUAUUCAAUAAUAGGCUAUUUUUGAAAACUUUUAAAUACUAUGCAAACCAACAACAACACUUUAUUUGACCCUCUCACUGAAAAGGAGAAGCAAGCUAUUAGUAAGUUCCUUGGCGAAAUGCAAGAUUUUUCUGACAUCGCUACGGCAUCCAAGCGCAUUGUCCGCCAAAAAAACCACGACUUCCAGGGAAAACAAAACGUGACAAGCUGGAAAGCAUUAGACUACUUGUACAAGAAGGUACCCUGCCCGCUACCCAGUCAAGCCCGUGGUAUCUUCACAAGCCUACCGGAGGAGAGUUCAGAGGAGCCUACAAUUUUGGCCCGCGGCUAUAACAAGUUCUUCAAUAUUAAUGAGGUUCCAUGGACGCGCUGGGAGUGGAUUGAGGAGAACACCCAGGGCCCCUACGAAAUGACCAUCAAGGAGGAUGGGUGCUUGAUUUUGGCUGCUGGAAUCAAUGACGGUAAGGACUUACUAGUGACCAGCAAGCACGCAAUGAAUGUACCGCACUCGCAGACAGGUUACAUCUGGAUGGACAAACAUCUGGGAAAGGCCGGCAAGACGCGCGAGGAGUUUGCUGCCUUUUUGUACAAAAACACAGCCACUGCUGUAUUCGAGCUCUGCGACGACGAGUUUGAGGAGCACAUAAUGGAAUACCCUGAGCGUAUGCGCGGCCUGUAUUUGCACGGCAUCAACAGGAAUUCCCUUGAACUGAAUACGCUGCCCAGCUCUGAAGUUACAAAAGUAGCAGAUGAGUUUGGGUUUCGUCGAACUGAAUGUUUUAUGUUUGACUCAGCUACAGAUGGGCACGAGUUUGCCGACAAAAUUCAUAAAGACCAGAUGCUGGAUGGCCGCGCAAUUGAAGGCUUUGUGGUCCGUUGUCGCACAGAAAAUGGCACAAAACCAUUUAUGUUUAAAAUCAAGUAUGAUCAGCCGUAUUUAAUGUUCUUCGAGUGGCACAAUGUUACGAAGCGAAUUUUGGCCAACAGGCCAUGGACGUAUAAAUACAACUUGACCCUGAAUUAUGUGGCCUGGCUGAGACCCCAAAUCAGGAAAAAUCCAGCUGACUUUGUAAAUUACGAAACCAAGGGUGUAAUUGGUAUGCGCAAAAAGUUCCUCGAGUAUCAUCAGUCCAUGGAUGGUCGCAGUCCGGCAGAAAUUCUUAACGAAACGGCAUCCAACACGAUUUUGAUCAUGCCCGUCGCCACCAUUGGGUGUGGAAAAACUACGCUCUCGCUGGCCCUGUCAAAGCUAUUUGGAUGCGGCCAUGUGCAAAGCGACGACAUACGGAGAAGGAAGAACCUUGGCCUUGCAUUUAAUGAAGCUAUGUUAAAAUUAUUUGGAACCCACGAUGUGGUGAUCGCUGACCGCAACAAUCAUACAACAAUGAUGCGGGAGUCACUCACCAAUGCUGUGCGCAUGGAGUUUCCUGGAUGCCAGAUAGUUGCACUGUAUUGGUCGCAUGAAAACGCGUCAAAGGAGGAUAUUCUGCAAACGACCGUUGAAAGAGUCAUCAGUCGUGGCAAUAAGCACCAGACUAUGACGCCGGAAAAGACGCCUGAAUUUCGCAAGAUCAUGAACGGGUUUAUCCACACCAUGGUACCGUUGGACCUGGGCUCUGAGGAGGAUUGCCUUGUGCAGAAUGUAAUUGAACUCGAUCCGUUGGCGGACGCAUUGGAUAAUCUGAAAACAGCUGUUGAUGCGCUAUGCUCCAUGUACCCCAAUUUGUUUAAGCAGCCCUCGGAAAGCAAGGUUAAAGAUGCAUUGCAGAGUGCAUUCGAUUACGCGCCAACCCCCCACCAAGUGGUUCAGUAGACUCAUUUAUGUGGUGCCCAGCACACAUUUCAAACCACUAUCUUCCCUUUUCAAGAAUCAAGAUCGCCCUCAUGGCCGCUAUACACAUCUCUGUUAUUGCUGGGUGAUAUCAAGGAACACUAUUAUGUUUACAGUGCUGCCCACACAGUGAUGCCCCCUUUUUCAGUUCCUUAAGUGAUUUUUGAGACUUGAAUAUAUUAAUUUAGACCCACAUUUUUAUAGA